AUGUCCGAGCCGUCAACCACCAACGUCGAAGCUCUGAAGGAAAACCGGACUGUGACUAAUGAGGGAGGUAAGGAUACCACUGGUAGCAAGAUCCCGAAACGUUGGACAGGAACUGUCAUAGAUGUUGAUCAUGAGGAGUGGGAUGAUUGGAGGGACCAGUGGCAAAUCUUGAUCGUGUCGGCGGCCUUUGAAAAAGCAACGAAGACAUGGGCCAAGGCACCACAGGAAGGAUGGGCUAACGGCAGAAAGGUUUACUUCAUCCUCAAGGAUGAAGACCCAAGCAAGAAGACAGGCGGGCCUAGAUAUUCCAGGCGCAACCUCGAGCUCAGGUGGGGUGUAAAGGCCAAGGCCCCGUGGCAUCCAGACACGCCGAGGAUCGAUGAUACGCGGUUUGUCUGGUUGGACGCGCCCAUUAGUGACGAUGCAGCGAGCUGA